GUUGCUGUGUUAUUUCGCUACACCUGAUAUUUCUUCAUGUUUGUUUGUGUUUCUGUCGCGAAACGCGUAACCGGAAUUCGAUGCUAGCAAGAUUUGCAUUCAAUUAAUUAUUCACAUUAAAGCCAUAACUAAAUAUUUAACAUCCAAAAAGUUAGGCAAAUGAUUUCGUCUUAAAGUGUAUAAACUUACGUAAAGGUAUAUACAUAUGUAUGUACAUACAUAUAGACAUAUGUUUUUGUACGUACAUAUGUAGAAAUAUUAAUUUACUACAUGGUACGAUUCAAGCUUUGAACAUUUGCUUUUACAAAAAUAUGUGCUGCAUUUGUGAAGGUGUUUAUGUACCAUAGUUUGCUAACUUUACUCUUGGCGUGGGCAAUUUAUUCAAUUUUAAUGCGUAAUAGAAAUCUAGUUUUUCCUUGCAAAAUAACGGAAAGAAAAAAUCCAUUGUAUAAGCAAUGGUGAAAUAUCAUUAAUAAUAUUUUCAAAAUAAUCAUGUUAGUUGUGUGUAAAAUAAAUAUCUAUAUUACAUUUAAGAUGUAAACAACAUGCUUUGUAGCCAGGCAAUAAAGACAAUAUUUUACGUUGCAUUGUCUUUGAAGCAUCAAAAUAGAGUAAAUUCUACUUUGUUGAUAAAAAAAACAAGUGAUGUUUGUAUCUUUUACAUUGUUGUUAUUCAUUACUGUAAACGAUAUCAAACAAUGUUAAUGCAAGGGCUUCGGUAAUAUCAAGUGCACUUGGAGAGCAGUUUAAUACAUACAUACAUUUGUAUUUUUAUAUUUAGUACCGGCUACCUUUGGUUUAAUGAAUUAAAUAAUCGGGUAUAUCUUCCAUUGAUCGUUUAGCUGGGACUUACAAGUUGUCAAGGCCGAAAGAUGACGGGGAUAUCCCCAUCAUCUCCAGACCCUUUAACUUCUAGGGCAGCAUCGAGUGCCGCUACUUACAUGGAUGAUUUCGAGAACAUCGUCGCUAAAGGUAAAGAGCUGGUGAUGACGAAAGAGUAUAAACCUCAAGUAGCUAAUGAAUUCGAGCGCUAUCUGAAUCCGCAAUCUUUGAAACGACACGUAUUUCGCAGUGAAAAAGUACGCAAAAUUAUCGAGCAUUAUGCUCAAAUAAAUAACUGCUCAGUGAAGCAGAUUGAAAAGCAGGUGAAAGAUAUAAUAGAUGAAAUUGGAUUGGAGCGUAACUUAGCGAUUAUAAGAUGGUGUGGUAUGGCUAUAACAGCUAUAUCAAAACGUAUCCUAUCAGGGAUUUACGUUAAUGCACGCAGUAUUCGGAGAGUUCGGGAUCAAUUGGGACGAAACCCCGUUUGCUACUUGCCCAGUCAUCGGAGCUACAUGGAUUUUGUAUUAAUGUCAUAUAUUUGUUUCUACUAUGAUAUUGAAAUACCUGGUAUAGCGGCAGGAAUGGAUUUUCACGCAAUGUUCGGCAUGGGGACAAUGUUACGAAAAACCGGUGCAUUCUUUAUGCGUCGCUCAUUCUCAAAUGAUGAGCUUUACUGGGAUAUUUUUCGCGAGUAUAUGUAUGCAUUGAUAUCUGUGUAUCACAUCGGAGUUGAAUUUUUUAUAGAGGGCACGCGCAGCCGCAACUUCAAGGCACUCGUUCCAAAGGUGGGUUUGCUAUCAAUGGCGCUAUUGCCCUACUUUACGGGCGAAGUGACAGAUGUGACCAUUGUGCCAGUAAGUAUAUCCUAUGAACGCUUACUAGAAGAGCAAUUGUUUGUUUAUGAAUUGCUUGGCGUGCCAAAACCUAAAGAAACGACAAAAGGAUUUUUUAAAGCACUUAAAAUUAUCGACGAACGCUUCGGAAGAAUGUACCUAGAUUUCGGUGCACCAAUUUCUGUGCGGGAAUUCUUUGGUCACACAGGAGCAGAUAGAAUGCAGCGUGCUAGUGUGGGUGCGCACUUGCAAAAACUGGACAGAAAAGAGUUGGAUUUAAUUAAAAAACUAGGCAAUGAGGUAAUUUACCAACAACAGCGAGGCAUCGUUAUUAGUACAUUUAACUUGCUGUGUUUAUAUUAUGCUAGUCAAUUGUAUGUGGACCGUUCGGUUAACAUUGACGAAUUAGCACUUGGCAUUGCUGAGCUAAAGUGUAUUUUCGAAGAAUUGGGUGCACAUGUGGCCACCGAUAUGAACCGGCUUAAAUUUGAGAUAAUUGAAACCGUAGAAAUACAUUCGAAUAUCGUGCAUUUUCAAAAUGGCCGACUGCAAUUCACUGAAGUCGCUGCUGCACAACUUGCACAGGAGAUCGAUACUAAAAGACUGAAGGCACACGCGCUUUUGCCACAGAUAAUGGCAGUGGCAGUGCCCACAUUGGCACUGCAGCUUUACAUAAAUCCCUGCAUGUUUUGGCUUGCGCGACCAGCAUAUCUUAUAUUAGCAGCAUUGCAAUUGCAAGCAGACCAACAAAAAGGUAUAAAUGAUGAAACAACAGCUUUUUCUAGCACCUACGACAAAGUAGUAGAAAACUUAUUGCAACGUGUGACUUUAUUGGAUGGUAUUUUUAAGCACGAAUUUAUAAUUGAGUCAAAUCGAGAUAUCGAGGAAUUCAAUAGAAAUCUUCUACUACUAUCAAAGCAUGGUAUGCUAAAAAUAUCGUCACAUAACGGUCAAAUAUCCAUUAAUGAAAAUGAAUGCAUGAAAGUUAUGCUUUCUUCAUUAGCACCUUUUCUAUGCGUCUACUACCAAUUAGCUGUGGCCGUAAAUGAGUUUCCACUUGAUGCUUGCUUCGCACAUUCCAAUAACAAAGCUGAUGAAUUCAGUUCUAAAGAUGUUCUCAUACACAUGCAAAAGCGCAUAGAAAAACUUAUGCAACAACAGCAUGUCACCAAUGUGCAUCCCUAUUGUUUAGCCCUAGAUAAUUUGAACAUUGCACUAAACUCAUUCCAACAAGCUGGCUAUAUACAGAAGAACAAAGAGAGUGGAAUAAUGCAACAUGCUCCUGGCAAACCAUUACGGUCACUGGAAGCUGAAUUAUUACGCUAUUGUCAGCUGUUGCCAUUCAAACAAUACUACCGGGUAGCAAGCGUUCAAAUGAACUCUAUGCCAUCUAAAUUAUAACUAUUAAAACAACGUAGCAAAAAUCAACUGCUUUCCCAUGUCCGGAAUUGCCACGUAGCUAUUGUGUUUUUAGUAUUAGUUUUUGUUUUGCCAACACUGCGUUUAGUCAUCGGUUUGUUUAUUUAGUUAUUAACAUAGGUGCAUUGAACAAAUAUUUUUCGCGCAUGCAGUAUAAUUGUUUGGAUAAGCAGGGAAUAGCGAUAACUUGGGUGAAACUAUGAUUUUUGAUGCGAUUUCGAAAUUUUUCACUUUUUAGGAACACGUUGAAAGAAAAAUCGGUUAAUUUAAUAUUAUAAAAUUAACAAAUUUGUAAAAAUUUUAACGUUACAACGAAAAUUAUGUUAAUAAAUAGUGUUCAAAACGAUCGGUGAAUUAGUUGAAGUUGCGAGUGAUUAUCGACGUUAAAAACGCGAGUUGUGGAGAAAAUGCUUUAAAGUAAUGUCAUUCAAAAGACAGUUUUAAAAAUUACUAUAACUUCUUCAAUUUUGCUAGGUACGACUUGACUUUUAGACACAACUUGAGAUAUUAUGCAUUCACAAAUUUAAAAAUGUUACUCCCUUAACGAUCCUCUGGUUGCCACAUUUAUUUACAAUAUAAAACUCAAAAUUUCUUGAACAGGAAAGGGAAAUUGAACGGUCAGGGGCACUAAUAAUUUCUAUUUUGAAAUAUUUAUAAUUACGCACAAAGAAGCAUAUUUUAAAAUGAAAUUACAUAAAUCGUAAUCAUUCCUAAAAUUUUUUGGCAAUCACGGUUGCAAAAGCAUAUAUGUGUAAUAGCUAUUCGUUUUUGGAUAUACUUAUGUAUGCAUAUUAUAUAAAUCGUUUAAGAAAUCGCAAUAAGAUGUUAUAUCAAAAUGCACACAAAUCUUACUACUUACUGUUGCCAGGUGCAUUAUAAGCAUUUACUAAGCCAUAUAAUUUAUUUUUUCUGAUUAUCUAAUUAUUGAAAUGUUAUCGAUUCCUUUAGUUAUUAGUAAGGCACAAUAAUAUUUAUAAAAUUAAAUUUUCUGCAUAUUAUUUUAGUUAUUUUAUAGUAAAUAAUGAUGAUGACAAGGUUGUUAUCAAAAAACUGUGAUGGUUUUGUAAUACACGAGUUAAGUUGAUUGUAAUUCGUUUGGUAUUUAUAAUUUUUGUUUUUAUGUGAAAUAUAUAUAUAUUUUUAUAAAAUAAUAAUUAUUGUGCUACAUACAUAUAUAACCAUACAUUGAAAAUAAAAUAGUUUAAUAGGUUAAAGUUAUAUGUGUAUGAAUAUAUUUGCAAAUAUUGAUAUAUCUAAAUAUAUGAAUGGGAAAGUAACAUACCUUAUUGAAAUAGCAAUUAAGUGGUAUGGUUUGAAUUACAGAUCAAAAUAUAUUUCUAUUUGUUUAUCACAA